AUGACUAGCCUACCGUCACUGUCGUUCCCGCAGGCGGAGCGGCGACGGGCUGCCAUCUUGAUCGUGGUUGCGCUAGCUCUGACGCGGUCUGCUCCGAUCCCAGCGCUGAAGGAGCUCAGUGAUGCCCUAUCCCUCAAGGAGUGGCGCGAGACGCGCAAGCAGCGCCGCGAAGAGCGCCGACGACGCGAGCGCGAAACUCCCCUGAACACACCCGCCCUCGAGAAGAAGAUGGUCGACCUGUAUAUCCCCGAUCCGUCGGGCUCCCGUACGCUGCUCGUUCCCCACCGCGGCGUCAUCUCCAAAGUCCGCGUCACUCCGACCCCCGCAUCCCUGUAUGCCGAGCACCGUAAACUCUUCCCGCCUCUGAAGGCGGGGGAAAAGCUCGGUGUCAACAAGCGUUUCUGGCAGAUGCUUACAGCUGUACUCCGCAUUGCGUUCCCAAGCAACAACAACCUAAACUAUUAUAAAUUCGGCCAAGGCUGGGGAGCGAUUGCGCCCGGUCGCAAGGAUGACACCUCAGAGACGCAAGCCGGCGGCGCUGACCAGCUGAUCACAACCGAUUUGUCCCGUUUCUGCGAGACUCUUGCAGCCCUGUACGGCAACAUGGGCAAGCCGUUCCUUGACAUGGUCAUCUUUACGUCGCAGCUCGCGGCUUCCCUCGGUCCCGUCGGCACGUGUGGUCUGUUCGCUCAGUACUACUUUACUGCCUGGGUCCUGAAGAAGGCAACCCCCGCGUUCGGACGCAUGGCCGCGACGCAAGCACGUCUGGAGGGAGAGUACCGCACUGGACUGGGCCGAAUUGGACGCGACAGUGAGGAGAUUGCGUUCUACGACGGUGGCAAGCGUGAGCUGUCCAUCCUGUGGAAGGCGUACAACAAGCUUACCGGUCAUGUGCACACAAUCUUCAAGGACUUCGUCAUCAAAUACUUUUGGUCUGCCGUUGGUUACGGCCUCAUGUCAAUCCCCGUCUUCUACCCCGUCGCCACGCAAGCGAUCCAGGGGGAGACAUCGGCUGCGGAGCUCCACAACGAGGUCGCAAGCCGCACCGAGAGCUACGUUUCCAACCGCCGCCUCCUGCUGUCGCUCGGAGACGCCGGCGGCCGUCUCAUGUACUCUGGCAAAGAGCUCGCUCAGCUUUCCGGAUACACCAGCCGCGUGUACUCUCUCCUGGCGUCGCUGCACGCUCUCGACGAAAACCGCUACCCGGAGAACCCGCGACCCGAGUCGCUGCCGCCUAACGAGAACCACGUCCUUCUCCGUGGUGUCCCGAUUGUCGCGCCCGCGGGUGGUGCUGCCGGCGCGGAGCGCGGCGGAGAGGAGCUCAUCCGCAGCCUUGACCUCCGCGUCGAGAAGGGCGAGCACACGCUCAUCACUGGUCCCAACGGUGUGGGCAAGACGGCUAUCGCUCGCGUCAUUGCCCAGCUGUGGCCGGCCUGGGUUGGCCUCCUCGAGCGCCCCACCCAGGGCGAGGGCGGUAUCUUCUUCUUGCCGCAAAAGCCCUACCUGUCAAUCGGCAGUCUGCGCGACCAGGUCAUCUACCCACACACGUAUGCCGAGAUGAAGGCACGUGGACGAACGGACAGCGAGCUCAUGGACAUUCUCAAGCACGUGCAUCUCGCCUAUCUGCCCGGACGUGAGGGUGGCUGGGACACGAGAAAGGAGUGGAAGGACGUCCUCUCGGGAGGCGAGAAGCAGCGCAUGGGUAUGGCUCGUCUCUUCUAUCACCGCCCGCAGUAUGGGGUCCUUGACGAGUGCACCUCGGCUGUGUCCACGGAUGUCGAGGGUCUCAUGUACGAGCACGCCAAGUCGCUCGGUAUCACUCUCAUUACCAUUUCCCACCGCCCCUCUCUCCUCAAGUAUCACAACCGCCACCUGCGCCUCGGCGAACCGACGCUGCACCCUUCCCUGUCCACUGCGAACCUGCAGAGCGCUCUCGGAACCCCCUCGACCCCCCUGGCUUCGCAGGGAUGGCAACUCACAACGCUGUCGUCGGGGACACACGAGGAGAAGCUCGAGCUCGACAAGGAGAUUGAGCGUCUCGAGCGCAUGCUUGGCAACGAUGUUGGAGAGUGGGAGAAGCGUCUGGAGGAAGUGAACCGUGAGUUGCGCGGAGAGGCACCUCUAUAG